AUGAGUCCGUCGCGAAAAGACUGCCGGGUUGCAGGAGGAAGCACGGUCGUGACUUUCUCACCGGUGAUGCUAUGGGAGCUUCUUGACCCGCAAGUUCUACAAGAUGCGCAGAAGCCAUCCACCGGCCCUGACUUUGCUUCUCAGGCCGUCAGCGUGGGAGACGCAAGCAUCCGCAUCACGACACACUUUGCGCACCCGUUAAUGGAGGAGAAGAAUCAGAUGGACCGAUCGUCCCCUCCUGAUGAUAACCUGGCCUCUGCCGACCCGUUUUCACCGCGCUUCCAAGAGUUCGAGCAUAUACCCGUCGACGACUUCUUUCCCUAUCUUACACCGGGUGAAUUGAAUUGGUUUCGCCCGUCCUAG